GAAGUCAUCUUGAUAGCGGAUAUAACAGUAUUUCUCUCUGUUUUGUGUAAUUUAACACCACAGAUAAUAUAAACUACUGAACUAUAGACGUUCAAAUGGAGACAAUAUCCAGUUUACUCGGCUUUGAGUGGAUGGACUGCGGGACUGUUUUGAUAUUUCUGUGUGUUUUUCUGUUGGUGGCUGAUGUUUGGAAGAACAGAGUUCCGUCUAACUUCCCUCCAGGACCGUGGGCUCUCCCGGUCAUCGGAGACCUGCUCCGCAUGGAUCCCUCCAGGUUCCACCUGCAGAUCAGUCAGUUUGCAGCGAAAUAUGGGAACGUUUUCAGCCUCCGGCUCUUUGGUGGAAGAGUUGUUGUCAUUAAUGGCUACAAACUCGUGAAAGAGGCCCUGGUCCAAAAUGGCGAAGACUACAAGGAUCGCCCUGCUAUACCUGUGUUUGAAGCGACCAUUGGGAAUAAAGGUCUGGUGGCAUCAAAUGGCUCUCCCUGGAAGGAGCAGAGGAGAUUUGCUCUUCGUACACUCAGAAACUUUGGUUUGGGCAAGAAGACGAUGGAGACGUUCAUCCAGCAGGAGUGCCAAUAUCUCAAUGAGGCUUUUGCCCUUCAGAAAGGCGAGCCUAAUAAUGUCCAGUCCCUGAUAAACAAUGCUGUGUCCAACAUUAUCUGCUGCCUGGUGUUUGGGGAUCGCUUUGAAUACUCCGACAAGCAGCUCAAGCUCAUUCUGCAGAGCUUCAAUGAGCUGUUUAUCUUAGAGGGAGGUGUGUGGGCACAGAUUUAUAACAUAUUGCCAUGGCUGAUGAAGCGGCUGCCUGGACCUCACCAGAGGAUUUUCACUCUGACAAACGGUAUUAUUGACUUUGUACAAAGUAAGAUUGAUGAACACAAAGAGAGCUUUGACCCGUCCUCACCGAGAGAUUACAUCGACUGCUUCCUCACAGAGAUGGGAGAGAUGAAGGACGAAGAAUCUGGCUUUGAUAUGAGGAAUUUGUGUAUUUGUGCCCUGGACCUGUUUGCUGCUGGAACUGAAACUACGACCACUACUCUACACUGGGGGCUGCUCUACAUGAUCUACUACCCUCAAAUACAAGAGAGAGUCCAGGCGGAGAUCGACUCCGUGGUGGGUUCCUCCAGACAGCCCUGUGUGGCCGACAGAGAAAACAUGCCCUAUACUGAUGCAGUCAUCUAUGAAAUCCAGAGAAUGGCCGACAUUCUUCCCCUCAAUGUGGUCCGCAUGACGACCAAGGACACCGUGCUCGACAAAUACACCAUCCCAAAGGGCACCAUCGUGAUGCCGACACUGGUCUCAGUCCUGCGUGACGAGUCGAUGUGGGAAACACCGAACACCUUCAACCCUCAACAUUUUCUGGACCAGGACGGCAAAUUUAGGAAGAGAGAAGCCUUCAUUCCUUUUUCAGCAGGUAAGCGUGUGUGUCUGGGCGAGCAGCUGGCCAGGAUGGAGUUGUUCCUCUUCUUUACCUGCCUUCUUCAGAGGUUUUCCUUCUCUCCUCCUGCUGGAGAGCAGCCCAGUCUGGAGUUCCAGCUAGGAGCCACUCUCACUCCCAAACCGUACCGCCUCUGUGCCGUCCCACGAUAAACAACUACUGUCCCACUACAUUUAUCAAGAAAUACACCAGAAUGAUGCAUUAUAUCGCUAUUGCAAAAUUUUGCAUUGAAAUGAAUGGGACGGCCGAAACAAAAAUGAGCAAAAAAGAACAAUCAUUAGAGAUUUUCAAACGUCUACUUCUCCAGCAUAAUUUCACCUAGAGACUCCAUUUAAACUUUAAACAGUAGACACAAGUCUUGUGUAUCGGUGUAUUAAUCCAAGUUUCGAUAGGUCAUAUAGUUUUUUAUCAAUCCCUGUUCAAUGACCAUGAUCAUUUUUGGAGAAAUUCUGAGAUUAUAAUGGGUGUGUAUUGCACGGAAUGUUCGUGUCACAGUGUGUGACAUCAUCGCCAGAGUGUAGAGGGAGGGAAAAAAUAGUCAAAAAAUAAAUUUUAAAACUGCGCUCCAGGCCGCAAAUUCCUCUCUACAGAAAUAAUUUAUACAUAGAAACAUAGGAACAUUUGUCUUCUCACUCACAAUCCUCUGGUAAAGCUGUCAGAGUUAUAGUUUGGGCGUAGGACGCACAGAUGCGCCACCAACACGCAGGAACAGCCUCAUAGAGAAUAUUUAGAUAUUAUAUAUGCUAUUAGGCUUUAUAUAUCACAAAAUGUAAAUUAAAUAUUCCAACCUCACCAGGAGUUUAAUGCUCCACUGCUACUCUGCUGACAGCACCACUGAACCUUCUGAAUCAGAUAUAUAUUAUAUACACUACCGGUCAAAAGUUUUAGAACACCCCAAUUUUUCCAGUUUUUUAUUGAAAUUCAAGCAGUUCAAGUCAAAUGAACAGCUUGAAAGGGUACAAAGGUAAGUGGUGAACUGCCAGAGGUAAAUAAAAAAAGGUAAGCUUAACCAAAACUGAAAGAUAAUGUACAUUUCAGAAUUAUACAAGAAGGCCUUUUUUCAGGGAACAAGAAAUGGGUUAACAACUUAACUCUAUGGAGUCUUGGGCUAUUUUGUCCAUUUUUAAUUCUUUUCAUGUCUUUGUAAGUCAUUUUGUGUCUUUUUUUUGGUCAUUUUGUGUCUUUUUUUAGUCCUUUAGUCCAACAUUAAAAUGUGAUUUUGAAUCUUUUUUUUACUUUCAAAACACUAUCAUGCUCAAUAAAGAAUUUUAAAUGUUGCAAAUGUGCAUUAAUUUCAGAGUACACUGAGACAUUAAACUGCAUCGUUUUCAAUUAAAUUCUGGAAAAGUUGGUGUGUUCUAAAACUUUUGCCAGUAGUGUAUAUAAAUUAUAUAUAUUAGGCUGUGGUAUUUAAAUUACGCUUGCACGCUUGUAAAUAAACAAUCAUAAUAAAUAAUAUGAUAUGAAGCACUUUAUGUCUAAAAAGUAACACGUUUUCUUCUUGAAUUGAACUCUUUACCUUUUUUUUUGUUAUCUGUUAAUUCUGAAAAUAAACUGAUUUCAAGCU